AUGAGUAAAGAUAAUUGUGGUGGUAACAGUGAUAACCGUGCUAUUUCCAAUGCCAUGGAAGAUAAUCGUUCAACAAGGACAAUGAGAAUGUCAAAGAAAGAUUUUGAACAGUUUUAUGAAUCAGAAAUUAAUUUGACACUCUAUCCAGGUAAAUUAAGGAAGGUUACAAUUGGUUAUCUGUUGGAAACAGAUUCAUGUCUUUCUGAGGUUAAUUCACAGGAUUUGAAAGGUAAUUUAAAAAUUGAUGAUUCGUGUUUAGUCUUAAAAAAUGAAAUUUUAUUCCAAUUUCAAGUUUUUAACGAUCACUUCCAAAUCAAUACAUAUGAACCAUUAUCCAAUAAUUCAUCUGAUAUUUACCAAUUACAGACCCAAGUUACAUUAAUUAGACCAGAAUUUAAAAUAUACCCUAUCGAUAUAUUAGACUUUGGUAUUGUUCUAAUUGGACGAGUGAAAAAAAUGGAAAUCAAAAUCAAAAAUUCAACGCAAACUCCAACCUUUUGGUCAUUGAAAAAAUGUAAUCAGUCUAAUGGAUCUAAUGAACAAGAUAAUGGUGACGACGUAUUCUCUACAACAAAAACCUCAGGAUUUCUGGACUCCAUAUCACAUGAUGGUAGACAAUAUUUGGAAAUGAUAACUGUCGAGUUUAAACCCAGGAAAUCUGGUCGUGUGGAAACUAUGUGGAAGUUUGAAGGAAUUCUUGGUGAGAAAACAAAAGUCAUUCAAUUAGUCGGUACUGGAACUUUUGAUGAAUACUAUCACACAAUCUAG